AUCAGCCCACGAAGUCGAAACGUCAGCUCGUUUUCGCUCCGAGCAUCCCGGACUCUGACGCGCCCCGCAGCUCCCACGGAGAAGGAACCCCAUGGCGACGGAGGAGGUCGCCGUCGAGAUCGUCGACGUCGACCGGUACGACGUGCCGGCGUCGCGCUUCGCCCCGAUCGCCGCCGGGGGCAGCAGCAAGUCCGACGCCAUCUCCGUCGAGCAGUACAUCGAGGACAGAGACCUCUACGAGGCGAUCGUCGCUUCUCUCCUCCAAACCAGGUCCCAAAGCCUCAACAACGGCGGCGGCGGCGGCGGCGACGACGACGACGUGCUAGUCCUGGACGCGGUUCCCGCCGGAACUCGGCCGUCGUCCUCGCGGAAGCGGAAGAAGCGCUACAGCGGCUCAUCGGUGACGGAGCCAGGUCAGGCGUCGAAUUCCAAGCCCGAUCCUUCGUUCGUCUGCGAAAUCUGCGUCGAGCCGAGGACGAGCGGCGACCUGUUUCGGAUCAAGGGCUGCAGCCACGCGUACUGCAACGAUUGCGUUGCCAAAUACGUGGCUUCGAAGCUUCAAGACAACGUGACGCGCAUAGGCUGCCCCGUCUCCGGCUGCGGCGGCGUUCUGGAGGCGGUGUACUGUAGGUCGAUACUCCCUCCGGAGGUGUUCGAUCGCUGGGGCAACGCGUUGUGCGAGGCCCUGAUUUUGGAGGCGGAGAGGUUUUACUGCCCGUUUAGGGAUUGCUCGGCGUUGUUGAUCCGCGACGGAGGCGAGGUCGUGAGGGAUUCCGAGUGUCCGAAUUGCCGGAGAAUGUUCUGCGCGCAGUGUCGAGUGCCGUGGCAUAUGGGGGUGGGGUGUGAGGAGUUUCAGAAGUUGAACGAGGGGGAGAGGGGGAGGGAGGACAUAAUGUUGAAGAAGCUGGCGGAGGAGAAGCAUUGGAGGAGGUGCCCCAAGUGCAGUUUCUAUGUUCAGAAGAUCGAUGGUUGUGCGUUCGUGAAGUGCAGGUGUGGAGUCGAAUUCUGCUACCGAUGUGGAACCCAGGCACAAGUGUCGCAUUAUUGUCCAAAGUGUCGGGGUUGAAUCCUCUCGGCAUGAUGUACAUAAUCUCUUCUUUAGGGUUUUGCAGCACAGCGGUGUAUACGUCCUGCGAUCUGUUUAACAUGAAACAAUUUCUGAAGUGGCUAGCAAGCUACUAGAUUUCGGUUCCUUUGUUGAGCUGAAUCUUGCACCUUUGUAACUUGUACAAUUGUGCUUGGAGAUUGUUAUCUUUAGCCAAA